GAAACGGCCAGCAAGGGCAACUUCUCCCAGGCUCCUACUUCUUGGGCUGUGAACCUAUAUUUUUUUUCAUUCAAAUACAGUCAUAUUCAUAUUCAUCCAUUCGUAUACCACUUAUAUUAACUGCUGACUGAAACUAACCGCUAACAAAGGCUCGGGUGAAAAUUUAAACAUGAACUAAAUAAAAAGUUACUCAAUGAAAAUAAUGUUUUCAUCUGCUUUUCUUGUAAGAACAUUCAUGAAACAAUAUUUAGAAAGGAAGAAACGUUUGACGUGCUUCGGACAUUAAAUUUAGUAUUCAACAAAGAAGCUUCAUAUUUAAUUCAACAGUUGGCUGCAAGCACGAUACAAAGCGACAAAGAGUUUGCUAGAUUGCUGAUCAAAGAGUAAUGGUGCUGUUUUUGACUGACAGCAACACCUGAAUUAUCUUUAGGCGUAUCCAUGCGUACUUUCCGAAAUAAAUAAGCUUUCUCAAAUUAUUUUGAAUAGUUUCUUUAAUGGGAUGAAAAUAUGUAUGAUACGGUAUCAUACAUUAAGAAUUAACGCGUACUAUAUUCAUUUAAGUGUUACUCUCAAGUGUCUUGGGUGUAGUUAUUUAUAUCAACAUAUCUUUUUUAGGUUAUAAACUCCAAUUCAGGGACCUGUAUUGUAGAUAAAGACACCACUGCAAGACUAUUGCUUUAAUUUGUUAUUUUUUUCUCAAAUCUUAUGAUGUCAGAUUCUGACGAUGACGAAUUUGUUGUUUAUGGUACAGGGUUGGAGCCUCUUGAUGAAGAUGAUAUUCCUCGCAAAAGAGCAUUGACGUUGGAAGAUCAAGUGGUUAAAGAUGCACAGGGAAGGCGGCGUUUUCAUGGAGCCUUUACUGGAGGUUUUUCUGCGGGAUUUUUUAACACAGUUGGAUCUUUGGAAGGAUGGACACCCUCAUCAUUCAAAUCAUCUCGUUCAGAGCGAAUGGAAAGCAAGACCCAAAGACCUGAAGAUUUUAUGGAUGAUGAAGAUACUGGCGAGUUUGGAAUUGCGCCUAAAGUCUUGCGAGCUACAAGUGACUUCAGUCAUUUAAAACGAACUAGAGAGCGAAACCAACAUACGUUUGAUGGACCUAUUCCGGGUGAACCAGUUUUGAAAUUGCUUCUGGAGCCUGUAAGGGAGACGGCGGGCGCGCGCCUGCUGCGGCGUAUGGGGUGGCGGCCGGGCCAGGGCGUGGGGCCGCGCGAGGCGCCCCGCCCGCCGCGCCCGCGUGUGCUGGGCUGCGCGCCGCCGCCGGGGACGGCCGGGGAGGAGGAGGAGGACGACGAGGAGGAGGAGGCGGCGGCGCUGGCGGCGGCGGGCGUGACGCUGGCCCCCGAGGACGCGGCGCCGUUCCUGGCGCGCCCCAAGGCGGACGCCUUCGGCCUGGGCUACGAGCCGCUGGCGCGCCGCCCCGCCUUUGGCGUGGGAGCGCUGGAGGAGGAGGACGAGGACAUCUACUCCACGGAGGACAUGUCGCAGUACGACUUCGCGCUGGGCGGCCCCGCCCCCGCCGCCGCUUCGCGCGCCUCCGCCGCCCCCGCCCAGCACGACAACUACUUGCACAACUUCUGCAAGGAGCUGGCGGCCGCCGUCAAGGACUUCUUCCCGCCGCCCGCGCUGCCCCGCGCGUUCCGCCCCGAAGGCGCGCGGCGCCGCUCGCGCUUCGACCAGCCCGGGCCCCCGCCCGCGACGGCGCAGGGCACAUCCCACCAGUGCCAGGUGCCCCGUGUGCUCACCACUGAUGAUCGCGCAGUGCUGGUGGGUGGAAAGGAGGAGGAAGAGCUGGAACGAGAGCAGUUGCGUGCUGCAGCCCUUAAGCUCACUGAGGGGCUGCAGCAGGAGCAGAGGGGCUCUAAGCCCCUCGGCUCCUUUAAACUGAUGCAUCUACAGCCUCUGAACAUGAAUGAGUGGGAGCGCCAUAGAGAAAAGGGUGAAUUUGAGCAAGCAGCUCGCCUUUUUCAACCUUUGUCUGCUGAGAUGGGGGAGCGUUUUGUGUCUGCAUCACAACCUGAUGAUGCUACCAAUACCAUGACUCCUGUUGAAAAGUUGAUGGGCGGAACAGCCGAACAGCAAAAUGCUGCUAAAAUGAAAAUGUUUGGAAAAUUGACACGUGAAGAAGAGCCGUGGCAACCUUGUGACUUACUUUGUAAACGUUUUAAUAUAGCCAAACCCAUUGUCAGUGGAAGUGCAAAUACUGGGAGUCGCAAAAACGUUUCUGUAUUUGACUAUUUGAAAGCAGUACCGCAAAACAAAUUUCAAGUGAAAACUGCCCCAUCUGCUGAGCUGUCUGCUGCCACUACUGCCAUUGUGCCUUCAGCGAGUGAAGCCCAGACUGAACCUGAGACACAUGAAACUGUCCUUAAAUCCACUGAGUUAGGGACUGAGACUGAGUCUCAUGUAACUGCCCUUACAUCCACUGAGGUAAAGACUGAGCCUGAGUUGGCAUCUGCCCCAGAGAACAUCCAACUUACUGAAAGUAAGAAAGAAAAGACCCAAGAAUCAUCUGAGGACUUCUUCUUCCCAGAGCCAGCUGAAAAAAUUGAUUUAUUUAAAGCCAUAUUCUUGAGUAGCAGUGAAUCGGAGGAUGAAGAAGAAAAGGCGAAACAAGACAAAGAAAGUGUUCCAGUAAUUGAAGUUCACCCGCCAGUGGAAGUUUCUCACCUAGUCGCCUCUGCUCCAGCAGAGACUCCAGUCAUAUCUUCAGAAGCUCGGAAGAGACCCCCUCUCGUUGCCUCUAGUGCAAGGAGUGGUGUGUUCGCAAACCUUGAUUUGGAUGCAUUGAAUUGUCCAGCUACCAGCACUUUCCCUGCAUCUGAAAGAAAAAACAGUGAACGUGAUGAACCAAAGACAAGUUCAGCAACUGUUCCUCCACAAGAUAACUUUGUGUAUGGUCCUCGGCCGCCGACCAGCCUUUCCUCUGGGGCAAGUACAGGGCGGACAUUACCCAGUGUGGUUGCUCCUACUAAACAUAACUCUUUAACAAGUGAGUGGGUGGAAAGAACAUCGUUGCACAAGAAAAAAAAGGAAAAGAAGAAAAAGAAGGAAAAGAAACAUAAAGACAAAAAAUCCAAAUCAAAGCAUAAGAAACACAAACAUGACAAAAAAUGAAAAUGUGAAUGUUGAGAGCUACUUGUUUUAAUUAUACAUUUUUGUUAUGUUAUUGAAUUGACAUUAUUGAUUCAGUAGUAUGUAUUAUAAAAGUGUAUAUACUGUAACAAUAAUCUAUGUCGUCAUGUUCAAUCUUGUAUUAUAAUUUUAAAAAGGUGUUUAAUAAUACUUCGGCAAAAGAA